GUUUUGUGGUUGAAGCCAUCUAAUUUCCCUAUAUUUCUGUGAUCAAAAUUAUUUCAAAACAUGGUGUACUAUAAGCAGCAAUUUCCCCCAAAGCAGAGUGGUGUCUGGCGCAUGUCUUCACGGCGCCAAUCAGUGACUGCUAGCCUAUCACGGCAAGCACGGCGUUUGUCCGCUGCUCUAGCCCCUGGGCUUACGAAAAUCGACCCGGUCAACAUCUUACAAAAGGUCGAAGGGGUCGAAAUAAAGCUGAGUGACAAGACGCAGUUACAAAGGGUUGUGAAUCAGUACAUACUGCGCAACGACGUGAAUUUUGAGCCGGUCGAGUUCAACAUACUAGAUCCUGGAGGCUACCCUAUAAUGCAGGCUAGUCUCUAUCCCGAAGGAUUCGUAGUCACCGAGUCAAAACGCAAAAUUUGCGAAGUCUCAGUGGUUGGUGAUGACGAUUCUCCUACCUGUAUAGCUAAGAUAAAACAUCCGGUGACAAGUAUGAGUGUUUAUGAGUUACGGGACAUGGGUGGUACAAUAUGUGUUACGUCGAAUACGGAUGAAGUGCAUGGUACCACUAUCGUAUCAAGUGCUGAAGGAUGGAUGCGGUUACUGUUCGCAUGUGGAUGUGCCUUUUCCAGAGACAAAUGGUCUCUGGUCACAAAAGAUGUCACACGAGCAAUCAUAAUUCCAGUGUCAUCGUGUUUUCGCGAGAACUAUGUGAAAAUUGAAUGGUCGACAAGCAGCGAAAACGAGCUUCGAUUGAUAGCCGUUUCGUAUGGACUCGCUCUGAUGGUCCGCGAUGCAUUCCCUUCACUCAUGCAUGUACUCAAGGAAUUCCGCAAUCGACGUGGAUGACUUCACGAACAUCCUUCACUACUUCGUACGUAGUUGCGACGCAAACGCACCCACAUCUUUAUCUUAGCACCGGAGGUAGCGUAGCCACUCUUGAAGAGUAACUUUUCUUCAAUGAAGAAAAGCCCGACAUUAUAUUCUGGGGCUUCUGCUUUUUUUCUAUUGAAAUGGUUACACCGUCAAGAUUAAAAUCAGCUGCGAUAUUUUUUAGCGCCCUGCCAUCUGCUCUUAGUGGAAAAU